ACCCUCCACCACCCCCCGAGAGGAAAUAACGCCGGCUCUCCUGUCUGCUCGGCUGCAUCCAGGCAAAAGGUUAAGCUGCGGAGGUCGUGCAGCGUCAACAAAAAGGACGCAAGUUGGAGAUAAAGAUGCCAGGACGCGCUGCGAGACGCGGGGUGAGUGGAACGAGCCCCUGAGUCGACCUGGCUGACGCUGAACCACCACUAUGCGUCUCUGCAGUGCUGAGGUGGUGCCGCACCUGCUCCAGACGCACUAACCCCGCCGCCAGGGGUUCACCCGAUGGCCGCCCGGCCCCGCCAGGCCCCAGCUCGCUCAGCGCUCAGCGCACGCUUCCCCCGUCGCCGCCAUGAAGACCGCCAGCCGCGCGCAGCCCCGCAGCAGUCCUCCGCUGGUGCAGAUGAGGCGCUACACGCCCGGGGUGUAUCCUUUCCUGUUCCCGUCCAUCAUCAGCUCCCUGCCACAGCUGCCGCCGCCAUCGCCGCAGAGGCUGCAGGUCCAGCAGCCGUCCAGCAGCGGCAGCACACCCUCGCCUGUCGCCAUUGAAACGCAGAGCACCAGUUCCGAGGAGCUAGUCCCCAGCCCGCCGUCCCCGCUGCCGCCCCCCAGGAUCUACAAGCCCUGCUUCGUCUGCCAGGACAAGUCCUCCGGGUACCACUAUGGAGUCAGUGCGUGUGAGGGCUGCAAGGGUUUUUUCCGGCGAAGCAUCCAGAAGAACAUGGUGUACACGUGUCACCGGGACAAGAACUGCAUUAUCAACAAGGUGACGAGGAACCGCUGCCAGUACUGCCGCCUGCAGAAGUGCUUCGGAGUGGGAAUGUCCAAAGAGUCCGUUCGGAAUGACCGCAAUAAGAAGAAGAAGGAGAGCCCAAAGCUGGAGCUGGCGGAGAGCUACGAGCUGACAGUCGAGCUGGAGACCAUCAUUGAGAAGAUUCGUAAGGCCCAUCAAGAAACCUUCCCCUCCCUCUGCCAGCUUGGCAAAUACACCACGAACUCGAGUGCGGACCACCGUGUGAGGCUGGACCUGGGCCUGUGGGACAAGUUCAGCGAGCUGGCCACCAAGUGCAUUAUCAAGAUCGUGGAAUUUGCCAAACGAGUGCCUGGCUUCACGGCGCUGACCAUCGCGGACCAGAUCACGCUCCUGAAAGCUGCCUGCCUGGACAUUCUGAUCCUGCGCAUCUGCACCAGGUACACCCCCGACAAGGACACCAUGACCUUUUCAGACGGGCUGACCCUCAACCGGACGCAGAUGCACAACGCCGGCUUCGGCCCGCUCACCGAGUUGGUGUUCACUUUUGCCAACCAGCUGCUGCCCAUCGAGAUGGACGACACGGAGACGGGCCUCCUCAGCGCCAUCUGUCUCAUCUCCGGAGACCGUCAGGACCUGGAGGAGCCCUCAAAGGUGGACCAGCUCCAGGAACCGCUCCUGGAAGCUCUGAAGAUCUACGUGAGGAAACGUCGGCCCAGCAAACCGCACAUGUUCCCCAAAACCCUGAUGAAGAUCACCGACCUGCGCAGCAUCAGCGCUAAAGGGGCAGAGCGGGUCAUCUCGCUGAAGAUGGAGAUCCCAGGUUCGAUGCCGCCGCUCAUCCAGGAGAUGCUGGAGAACUCGGAGGGCCAAGACGGCCAGAGCAGCAGCAGCAGCAGCAGCAGCAGCAGCACCUCGGCCGAGGCGGGGGCCAGCCCCGGCAGUAAGGGCGGAGCCAGCCCCGGCAGUAAGGGCGGAGCCAGCCCCGGCAGUAAGGGCGGAGCCAGCCCCAGCAGUAAGGGCGGAGCCAGCCCCGGCAGUAAGGGCGGAGCCAGCCCCGGCAGUAAGGGCGGACCCAGGCCUGGCAGUAAGGGCCGAGCCAGCCCCAGCAGUAAGAGCGGAGCCAGCCCUAGCAGAAAGGGUGGGGCCAGCCCCAGCAGUAAGGGCGGAGCCAGCCCCAGCAGCGGAAAGGGCGGGGCCAGCCCCUGCAGUAAGGGAAGCCCCAACGAGGACGCCGCUGCCGCCGAGUCGCCGCAGCCGCAGGACGCCGAGGAGGCCUCGGCCAGCGACCUGCCCUAAGACGCUCUCUCUGACAGUCCUUUGCGAAGGCAGGGCCUCCCCCCCCCCCCGCAAAACCCCUCCACCACCCAGACUCCUUCGCUCGGUAUUACGUUACAUCAUCGCCCUAUUUCUUGUUUCUCCUUUAAAAAAAAAAAAAAGAAAAGAAAAGUUCAACACGGAGGCCUCAAAGGAUUCGCGUGUAUAAUUGAGAAUUGAGGUCUCACUUGGCGUGGCGUCUCUGUGACUGGGGGGGGCCCCGUGACCAGAGAUGAUACUCCUCAGGUCUCCUGUGUAAAUUAUUAUCUGCAUGACGGGAGUUUGAUGAGUGGUGUUACUCCCCUCUCUCUCUCUCUCUCUCUCUCUCUCUUGAUCUGUCCUCAUCUCUUCUCCCGUGCUGUCGGCAUACGUACAUUGUACAUACCAUUGUAUGGUUAGAUCUCUGUUUCUAUGAUGAAUUUUGUGGUGCUUUUUUCAUUGUCUUAAAUAUUACCUUUGAGGAGACCCAUCGAGGUUCAAAGCCGGACCGAUUGUAAGUCCUUCAAGCAGUUAUCUAGAAUGUUGUUGCAUAUAGACGUCAUGGAGGUCUAAUAUUUUAUAUUCGUUCUGUGUCUUUUAUAAACACUUCAUGUCUCCACAUGAAUGCGUGUGCAUCCACAACCGCCAGAAUGCGAAGCUUCUCUCCAUAUCGUCUGUUCGAGUGUUUCCUCAGGAGGAGGGAAGCACGAGAAGCAGAAGCCUUCGACACGCACUCAUCAGGCCGAGUCGCGUCUCGACAUGAAUCACAGAGAGCCGACGAGCGAGAUUAGAUUCGUCUAGGAAAUCAACUCAUCUGGUGGCUGUAUCUCCUCACUAAAUCAGUUUACCUCACUGUCAAAACAAAUUGGGGAAAACGAGGUCGCUGAUUGAUGCCAGAGAUUUCUUCUUCUUCUUCUUCUUCUUCUGCUUUUUUUUUAUCUGAAGCAGGCCGUGAUCACAAGGGACGCUUUAAAAAAAUAAAUCAAUUUUGUGUAAACUUAAACUUCAUGAUCAGCUGGUCAGUUGGGGGUUUUUAUCGAUUUUUUCAAGCCAAUGUUGUGCGACGAUUUUGGUUUGGUGGUUUUUAAACCACAGGUCACCGAGUCUGAUGAGGAACAUGAUUGGCUUCGCAUUAAUCUGCUUAUUUGUUCAUCUAAUUUCCUCCAACAUUGAUUUAAUCGUUGUGGAAAAAAAAUACAAAAAAGGCUCUGAUGACCAAGGAAACUAAUUUAACAGAGAAUGCAAAUUAACGACAGUUAAACUGAGAUGAAAAUGAAUUGUCUCCACAAACUCAGAGUGGCGCGUUGGCCUCCUUCAAAUAAUUUGUUUAAAUAAACAACCAGGCUUAUUUGCAUACAUGUACAAAGCAGAUCGGUCUGAUCACGGCCUGCUAAUUUCUUUUUUCAUUUCUUUUAAGUGGCCUGACUGUCCACCUAAUGAGUGUGUAUCUACCGCCAACAGCGCUCCACCGACGCACACGCGCUCUGUGACGGCCUUACGAGCAGAGCUCCUCGACCCGCUUUCCUCUCCCCUUUCAGAAGUGUCUUGUCAGAACCGGCGAAACACGAGGGCGAUGCAAUCCUUAAAAAACACACAGAUGACCGGGCCGCGUGGGUCGGGACGAUUGUACACUGACGUAGAAAGCACACAGCCCGAGCCUUCGCCUUGCUCUCUCAGACUGGACGCUGUCAGCUAUGGAGAGAUUCUUGACCCCUCAGCUCCUCCUCCUGCUCCUCCUCCUCCUCCUGCUCCUCCUCUUCCUGCUCUUCCUCCUCCUGCUCCUCCCGGAGCCCUCGGACCGCCGGCUGAACAACGGUCGCUCACCCGCGUUAUCGCACCACAGCAAAACAAUGUCGCUGCGCCACUCAAACUGACCCCAAAUGAGAAGCAGCUCCCACCCCCCCUCACUAACAAGGCCAAAGUUCAGCCUCUGAGGGAUUAAGCACGAUAAGAAUAUUAAUCUGAAAUGAUGCAGGACGUGCAGACUGGAGGUUGACCAGCAGCUCACAGCGGAAAUGGCUUCAUCUGAAUUGGAAAGUGGCGUGAAAGUCAUUUCAAGCCAGCGUGCCGUGUUUUGAAUACGACUGGACGGGAUUCGAUCUGUGACGCUUCAGUGCAAACGACCUCAGAGGAUUCGAUUGAUUGAUUGGGUCGGACAUUCCUCCCUGUCCAUUGGGUCGUGAAUGAAAUUGAAUCAUUUAAAUUAGUUAUUUAUUAUUAUUCCGGCACGGUUUGUACUUUGAGUCAGAGUCCACAGUUGUCUCUGCACCCUGUAACCCUGUUCCGUGAUGGGGACCCUGUUCCGUCAGGGUCGUAGGAGGUGAGGGGCGUUUGGAGGAUUUGGAGUGAAUUUGUUGUGAUUGACACAUUAUUGUCAAAUUCAAGCCCCGGCACAAACGUCAUCCCAUUGAUCUUCAACGCCUCCCGACAUCUUCAGUAGUAAAAUACUGCUGCAGUGACCACGACGAGUCAUUCGGCUUCGCGUACUUGAAGCCGGAUCCCCUGCAGGGCGGCGAAGGGUUCUGGGUCUCUGCCGCACACAACAACAACAACAACAACAACAACAACAACAACCCAUCUGCAUUCCGUCCCCGCUAAGAAAUACAUAUCAUAAGGGAAACCACAGCUGGCUUUUAUUGUUUUAACGUGUUUGAAUGUGAAUAACGUCAUGGAGUCUGAUAUGCAGUGUUAAGGAAAACUCACUUCUAUCUCAGUGUAACAUAGGAAACGCUCUCCCUCGGCCCCCUCUCCGUCCUGCUCUCCUGGUGAGAGACGAAGGGACGCGUCUCGGGGGCGUCUUUUUUUCUUUUUCUUUUUUUUAAAGCUGGAAAACGUUCACAGCCGAAGAAUGUUCACGUCCGCACGACGGGACACUCGGGCGCCCGCCGGGGGCCCGCUGUCCGGCCCUCAACUUCACGAUGCAGAAUUUCUCCUGUUGGUUUCUGUUGAAUGUCGUACCGACGGUAACUGUAAUACUCUACUAUCUAGCUCACUGCAGAGAUGUUAUAUAAAUGGCGUGUGCUUUGCAUUCCAACUGGCAGCUCCGUGGAAACGACGCUCUCUUGUGUCCUUGGGAACAUCCACUCACAGGAAGGAGGAGGAGCUCGGUUGGGUGGGUUACGUAAUUUGGGACGGCGAGUCGGAGGAGAAACGGACGACUAAGUCACCUCAGCAGACGACAUCGUCAGUGCGUUCUCUUCCUGUUUCCAUGUCGCGCAACAGAGCCGCCCCCCUUUCCUGGGCCAGGGAGCCAAUCAGCUGUCGUCAAUCAAUCAAACCCAAUCAGUCGACAGUUAGUUUGGUAAACGGGUCAACUAACCAACUAGGGUUGCACCAAUGUGGGGUUUUUAACAUUCUAAGGAGCGAACAAGCUGAUUUGUAAUAGAUUUUAAAUAGUCUGAUAUCAGCCCGGGUGAGAGCAGCCAAAGCCUUGCAGUUUUAAGGGUUUUGAGAGAAUUCUACACCCAAAUACAAAAACUGAAUUUGAGUUGACGCUUUGUUGGCAGAGCGGGAAAAGUGGUAAAACCCCCCCCUUGGAUUCUGCCUGGGAAUCGUUAAUGCGUUAUUACAACACCUUUCAUAAGGUCUCUGCAGGUUGUUGUUAAACCUUUAUGUGCAGAACGGAUUAUUGGAAACUCAUGCCACUUAUCGGUCUAACCCUGGAUACGACCUAAGGAGCAUGAACCUCAGCGUCGGGCGGCUCUGUUGCCCCCCCCCCGUAAGUGUCCGAGAACCUUCACCUCCAGAUCAUAAUGCAGUCUUGUAUAUUCGUGUUGGAACGAGACAUGAAGGUCACGUGUGACUGGGCAUGAGGGUGGAUGGGGGUUGUUGCCCCGUCACCCCCCCCCGUCCCCCCACCGGCGUCCCACAGGAUGAAAGACGCUCUGCGAGUUUAAGUCGGUUUCAGCUCUCCAUUUUGAAUAUUGUCUCUGUACAUUAACAUAUGCUUUUUAUGUUCAUAUACUGUUAAACUUUACCAUGAACUGUCUUGGCAAAGUAAUAAAAUAUAUUUAUUUUAAAA